GCGGCGGCGGAGCAUCAGAGCGGUGAUCUCCGUGGACGACAGACGGACGACACACUGAUCGCUGCUCCCGUGUGGCUCCCCUCCUCUGAACCUGCGCAGCGCACGAGUGUUUCCGCGUCAGACACGACCAUGGGUUAGAGAGAGAAGCGCGGAUGGAUUCUCCACUUCUUGCACUUGAGCGAGAGGAUGGGGGGAAACGGACUUGUUUUCGCUGAGACAUCCUGACAAAGACGGCGACUGAGCGGAGGGGCAGACCGGGAUUUUGUCGUCUGUCCUCUUUCUAUCGUCCACCUUUUUGUUGCGUUUGUUUGUGUCCCCCCCGCGGAAAUGUUCGCGGAAUUGCUGUGCGGCGCCGUGGCUCUGGUCCUGUACGUCAACACUCUGGGCGCCGAUUUCUGCUACGAUGACAGCCGUGCAAUCAAGACCAACCAGGACCUUCUCCCAGAAACCCCCUGGACCAACAUCUUCUAUGAUGACUUCUGGGGCACCCUGCUCACUCACAGCGGCAGCCACAAGUCUUAUCGGCCUCUCUGCACUCUGUCAUUCCGCCUCAACCACGCUGCUGGUGGGCUGGAUCCCUGGGGCUACCACCUUGUCAACAUCGUUCUCCACGCCGCCGUGACAUCACUCUUUACCUCACUGGCUCACUUGCUGCUCGGCCGAGGCGUGUGGAGCCUGCUGGCCGGCCUGGUCUUCGCCUCACAUCCUAUACACACUGAGGCGGUGGCAGGAAUUGUGGGUCGGGCAGAUGAAGGCGCAGCGCUGUUUUUCCUGUUGUCCCUGCUGUGCUACAUCCAACACUGUAAGCUGAGAGACCAUGGUGGGCCCUGGCGGCCUGCUGCGUGGUUGCUGGGAAGCCUCUGCUGCGCGGCUUGCAGCAUGCUGUGGAAGGAGCUCGGGGUGACAGUGCUGGCCGUAUCAGCUUUAUAUGAUGUCUGCGUUUUCCACAGACUUAAGCUUCGACAGGUCCUGAUGCUCCUCUACAAGAGAAAUAACCUCCACCUGCUGCUCAAUGUUUUUUUGCUGGCGUCGUGGGGAGCCGUCCUGUUGGCCUGCCGCUUCUACUGGAUGGGAAAUAAACCCCCAAACUUCUCCAACUCGGACAACCCGGCAGCAGACUCCCCGUCCUUACUGACCAGGACUUUAACCUUUUUCUAUCUACCAGCUAUGAACUUUUGGCUGCUCCUCUGCCCGGACACCCUCAGCUUUGAUUGGUCGAUGGACACCCUGCCUUUGAUCAGGACCUUCGCAGACUGGAGGAAUAUCCAUACGUUUUUUUUCUACUUUGGAUUGCUGCUGCUGGCCUGGUUCUGCUUGAGGACGCCACGGAGGUCCAAGGGGAAGGAAACAAACGGCAAAGUUCACCACUACACCAAUGGCCGGAAUGGAAAUAGCAAUGGACACAGUUACCAUGAGCAUGAACCGUUAAACCACACAAACACACACGUUAACCACACACAGAAUGGUACUAAAAAUCACUACGACAGCAGGACAACUUUACCGACCACUGAGAAUGUCGUGGUGUUCUCUUUAGGCCUGUUGGCGUUUCCCUUUCUCCCUGCGACAAACCUGUUUUUCUACGUUGGUUUUGUCAUCGCAGAAAGAGUACUGUACAUCCCGAGCAUGGGUUUUUGCUUGUUGGUAGCCGUGGGCGUGAGGUCGCUCUGCAUUAGACUGCGGCGCCGGUCUUCGAGGACUCUCUUGGUUUACUGCAGUUUCGCACUUGUUCUCCUAUUUGGUGCUAAAACAGUCUUGAGGAACAAAGACUGGGAGAACGAGGAGAUGCUCUACAAGUCAGGGAUUUCUGUCAAUCCUGCUAAAGCGUGGGGCAACCUGGGCAAUGUGCUGAAGAGCCAGGGCAAGAUGGAGGAGGCCGAACAGGCGUACAGAAAUGCCCUCUAUUUCCGCAGCAACAUGGCCGACAUGCUUUACAACCUUGGAUUGCUGCUGCAGGAGAGCAACAAGUUCUCGGAGGCCCUCCAUUACUACAAGCUGGCCAUUGGUAGCCGGCCAACACUGGCCUCUGCCUACUUGAACACGGGAAUCAUCCUGAUGAAUCAAGGUCGUCUGGAUGAGUCCAAGCGGACCUUCUUGACCUGUGCUGACAUCCCAGAUGAGAACCUGAAGGACCCUCACGCUCACAAGAGCUCCGUCACCAGCUGUCUGUACAAUUUGGGGAAGCAGCUUCAUGAGCAGGGACAUCAGGAGGAGGCCCUCUCUGUGUUUAAGGAGGCGAUACAGAAAAUGCCAAGACAAUUUGCUCCACAGAGCCUUUACAACAUGAUGGGAGAGGCCUACGUGAGACUAAACAAACUGACUGAAGCUGAACACUGGUACCGAGAAUCCCUCAGAGCCAAGCCGGACCACAUUCCUGCGCACCUCACCUAUGGCAAACUCCUGGCAAUGACAGGGCAGAAAACAGAAGCAGAGCGGUACUUCCUGAAGGCCAUCCAACUGGACCCCACCAAAGGCAACUGCUACAUGCAUUAUGGUCAGUUUUUGUUGGAAGAAGCCCGGCUCCUGGAAGCCGCAGAGAUGGCAGAGAAAGCAGCGCGUCUGGACAGCAGGGAGUUCGAUGUGGUUUUCAGUGCCGCACACAUGCUCAGACAAGCCAGUCUUAAUGAGGCGGCAGAGAAGUACUACGGACAAGCUGCGAGUCUGAGACCAAAUUACCCGGCCGCCUUGAUGAACCUGGGUGCGAUACUGCACCUCAAUGGGAAGCUGCAGGAAGCCGAAGCCAAUUACCUGCGAGCUCUGCAACUGAAGCCCGAUGACACCAUCACUCAGUCCAACCUGCGCAAGCUGUGGAACAUCAUGGAGAAGCAGGGUCUGCGCACCAGCGCGCCCUGACUCACACUUGUUUCCAGGAAUCAGGGGCGGCAUUCACGAGUCAGCAGAGUCGACCGUGACUUGGGGAGGAUGUUUUCUCCAAGAGGCCGUGACGCUCCCAGGCCCCAGAGAUGUUGCUCAUCGUCUGGCAGGAACUUCAUGGGAUUUGGACUCUCACAGGAAACUUUACUUCAGCACUUACACUUGAAGCAUGACUUUGGAGAUAAAGGACUUUUUAGUAAUAUCUUUCGGGAUAGUUUUGGCUUUUAUUUGUCCCUUUUGAGCAGCAAAACGAAGGGAAAACGCUACGAUUCAUCUUGAAUCACUCAGCUGUCUGUGAAAAAAGAGAAUUAUUACCACAUUCACCCCACACAGAACUACUCUAGAUGAGGUGGGGAAAAGGUCAGUUUGAGAUCAGUCCAGCAUUUACAGGCUUCUAAAACUGUCAAAUAUGAGGCAGGUAUUCGGAAAUUUGUGAUGUUUAUAAAUGCAUUUUUUUCUCUUUGAGACAAUAACUCAUUUUAAAUUGGAUUUUAAUUGUUGAAAGAUCUGAACUCAAAUCUGAAAGUUCAGCGCGGUCCAGUUAUCAAAGUCGGAAAACACGAUAGUGACGUCCCCAUCUCACUUAGUGACUAGAAAACCGGUCGAAUGAAGUGGGAAGAGGAUUUAAACCUGUACUUCCUGUUUACGUUUAGAGAGGAAGCCAUCUUGGAUUGCGUACUCUGCGUGGUGAGGAUUCUUGGAAAUCCUACAGCAGGUGACAUCACAGGGGGUGGGAAUUCUCCAGUUCCUAGCCAACUGGAACACACACAGUAUCAUGAAACUGGAGGCGCUAGUAUUAGCAUUAACUCAUUGCUACUUUUUGCCAUUCAACUACAUUUCCUUAUUGAUCCACUGCUUCGAGAGUUUUUAUUUAUAGAAGGCUUAAAGCAAAAGUGCGUACAAAAUGAAGUGUCAUGUUUCAUUUUGAAUUAUUUUUAAUUCUAUACACAACAUUGUGAAUAAAUGCCGAAAAUCCAUUCCGGCAUUUUUGACAGUUUUCUGACAUGUUGGGCAACAAAGAUAAUUCAGAGUGAAGCAUCUCAUUCACACUCCAAUGUUGAGCUACGAACUAAUAUAUGGACCUGCCACAGAACUCACAAGCUGCUUCAACUCCGCCGCCGCAUCCAAGCGCCGGGUUCAAGGGAAAUAAUUUAACCCCGGUGUAAGUGUCUUAAUAAACUAAUGUCUGUAUAAAUGAAUCCUAAUAUAUUUCCACAAUUUGUAAAGUGUUAAAAAAACAUACAAAGUAGCCGAAAAGGCGACAAGUUUGUUUAUUCCACGAAUUGUGUUCAGUCUUUUUGUAUAUAUUUUGUGUAAUGUUUGUCGUCGUCCAGCAUACAUGAAGUGAAACAGCACCUUUUUUGGGAGAGUUUGUACAAUAUUUUGUUUCCAACCGACUGUCUGUUCAUUGUGUAAAUUAUUGUGUUGCCAUAGCGACAGAACCAGCUGGCACUGUGUUUGUGAACAUGAAGGAAGUUGACGGCGAGACGUUCAUGUUUGUUGUUAUCGACACAAAGAUCCUGUUCGAGUCACCUGGUGCUGCCAUGACAGUGUUGUUGCUGUCUCGUCCAGGACAGUUGAACAUUCAGAACCCACCCCUCCCUUUCAGCCCUCGCUCUUCACGAACUGCUUCAGUAAAGAGUCUCACUCUGUGUGUCUCAGGGACCUCGGGCGGUGGAUUCUCGCAGAAACCCUUCACAGAGCUUAAUUAAAGAUGUAUUUUUGGAAACUUGCUGUAUUUGUAUAAAUGAUGAAGAUUUGUAGGCCUUUUUUCUGCUUUUUGUAUAAAAUAAUGAAGAAAAAAUUGAGCUGAAACGUGCCAGAAUAUUGGUUUUGUUUGUUUUUUUUUCCAGAAGUUGCUUUUUUUCCACAAUAAAUUUAUGGUGUUCUGCACUUCUU